AUGUCGGAGAUUCUAAAUUACCCAUCAGAGUGGUGGAGGAGUGCCACCAAAGGCUCGUGGUGGAUUAUACCACCCACGGACGAGGACGAAGCGGAAGAGAAUUUCUUAAAAACUCGCCCAAAACGAAGAUACCGCCAUCAUCCACAGUACAUAUGGCCGUGGAUAUUAUCUACUCUAUUUUUUGCGAGUACGACAUUGGUUUUAUUCAUCAGGAAUUGGCAGAUGAACACAUCUCAGACCUCGAUAAAUGGACCUAGUCGACCAACAGAUCUCGAGCCAGCUCGAGAAUGGGCGGCAGAACACGAAAUUCAGUUUGGAGGUGGACUUGUCUAUAACAAACAGGGAAAGCUACUUCGCGAGCCCAAUCUCAACGGAGAAGAGUGGGUUGGAUCUCCAUCACCAGAAAUGGACGCAUUAUGGGAUCAUAUCGAGGCAGGCUCAAUAAUCUUGCUUGCGGAUUCCGAAGCCGAUAUGGUGCGAGAUAAAACGACGCUUCUUGAUGGUUAUUGGGUCACUGGGCUAGAUGUAAUACAUCAGGUUCAUUGCUUGAAUAAAGUGCGCAAGGCAUUGUAUCCCGAGUACUACCACCCUUUACAGUCGAAUGAAACUGAGAAGCUACAUGUCGAUUAUGUCCGACAAGCUGUAAUGUGCAAUGCGGACAUAUCUCCCGUGACGCAUACUUGGUAUGAAAGUGCGCAAACGUUCGGUCCUGACUUUCGAACUAAACAUACAUGUCGGAACUUUGAAGCUCUACUGCAGUGGUCCUUGGACAGGUCUACUGAAGUUACAAAGGCCAAAGGCACUGGGCCUGAAAAUGCUCAAAACCCCGACGUUGUGAUGCCUGGGACAUUGAAGGGCCAAAAUCACAAAGAACAUGGAGAACAUGUUGGACAUUGA